UUUUUUUUUUCAGUGAGCUUUAUUGACAGCCGAAGUAAGGUUUCAUAUGUGUCAAAGGUAAAGAUUACAAUAGCAGUGAUCACAGGAGGACUUUACCCUGAACUUAGUUGAGGAGAGAGAUGGCGGAGCUGGAGACUGACACGAGUGAAGUGAGGGCUACACACAGGUUUGAUGAGCAGAGAUUGGAUGGAUACCUGAGCACCCACCUGCCAGACUUCAGCUCCAGACCAGGGGAAGCCCUCACUGUCAGGCAGUACAGAUCAGGCCAGUCCAACCCUACGUUUUUUCUGCAGAAAGGUCCAAAUAAAUUUGUUCUUCGAAAGAAACCUCAUGGCCAACUUCUGCCAGGAGCUCAUCGGAUUGAACGUGAAUAUGAAGUACAAAAAGCGUUAUUUGAUGCUGGAUUCCCGGUACCGAAGACGUUAUUAUACUGUAAUGAUGUGACAGUGAUUGGAACGGAAUUCUAUGUGAUGGCACAUGUGGAGGGUCGUAUUUUCCGAGAUGCCACUCUCGCCAAGGUCCGCCCUGCAGAGAGAUCAGCGCUGUAUGUUGCUCUCACAGAAACACUCUCCAGGCUCCAUUCAUAUAACAUACACAAGCUAAAUCUUACAGGGUAUGGCAAAGGAAAAGGAUACUGUCAAAGACAGGUAACCACAUGGAAGAAGCAGUAUGACCGGGCUGCACACACUGAUAUCCCAGCAAUGAACCAGUUGGCUGACUGGCUUAUGAAUAAUUUGCCAAGCAAUGACAACGAAGAGUGCCUUGUCCAUGGUGAUUUUAGGAUCGACAAUAUUAUUUUCCAUCCAACUGAGGCUCGUGUGAUCGCUGUCCUGGACUGGGAACUGUCCACAAUUGGAAAUCCUAUAUCAGACUUGGCUUACUUUAUUAUGCCUUAUUUUUGGCCUCGAGAAGUACACUUUUUUGGACACGUUGGUGACAAAUCCUUUACUGAUAUUGAAGGAAUGCCAGCCUAUGAGGAUCUGAUGAGCAUCUAUAGCCGGCGUCGAGGUGUGGAUUCGCCAGUGAAUGACUGGAAUUUUUUUCUUGCACUUAACUUCUUUAAGCUUGCUGGAAUAGUACAGGGGAUUCAUGCAAGAUUUCUUCUUGGGAAUUCCAGUGGGGAGAAUGCCAGCGUCUUUGCUGAUAUGGUUAAACCUCUGGCUGAAAAUGGACUCAGAUUAGCUAAACGAGAGAACACUAUAGAAGAGUUAUCUGUGUCCCCCGGUGAAUUGUUCUUGCUUAGUGCCAAAGGUCAGAAGGUUCUGCAGCAAGUGAAACAUUUUAUGAAACAACAUAUUUUUCCAGCACAAGAGGAGUUUUUGGAGUAUUAUAUUAAAAAUGAAAACUCUCCUCUAAGAUGGAAGAAGCCUGCAAUCUUGGAAAAGCUCAAGGUAUUGGCUAAAUCUGAAGGCCUGUGGAACCUGUUCCUUCCAUCUGUAAGUGGUCUAAGCCAGACUGACUAUGCCUUUAUUGCAGAGGAAACGGGAAAAUGUUUCUUUGCUCCGGAAGUUUUUAAUUGCCAAGCACCAGAUACAGGCAACAUGGAGGUGCUUCACAUGUACGGUACUGAGGAGCAGAAGAAGCAGUGGCUGGAACCUCUUCUUGCUGGAGAAAUCCAGUCUUGUUUCUGCAUGACAGAACCUGAUGUAGCUUCCAGUGAUGCCACCAACAUGGAGUGCAGUAUCCAGAGAGAUGGAGAUGGCUACCUUGUUAAUGGUAAAAAGUGGUGGAGCAGUGGCGCUGGAAAUCCCAAUUGUAAAGUUGCAAUCGUAAUGGGUAAAACAACAAAUGCUUCUUCUUCCAGAUACAAACAUCAUAGUAUGAUCAUUGUACCCAUGGACACCAAAGGUGUGGAACGUGUGAGAGCUCUGAAAGUUUUUGGAUAUGAAGAUACUCAUCACGGAGGACAUUUAGAAGUACACUUUAAUAAUGUGCGGGUCCCGGCCUCAAACCUUAUCCUAGGCGAGGGCAGGGGAUUUGAGAUUGCUCAGGGACGUCUAGGACCUGGUCGCAUUCAUCACUGCAUGAGGUGCAUUGGAGCUGCAGAGAGUGCCCUCCAACUGAUGUGUGCCAGAGCUGCCCAGAGGCAGACCUUUGGGAAAAAGCUGUAUCGGCAUGAAGUGGUCGCACACUGGAUAGCCGAAAGCCGCAUUGCUAUUGAACAAGCUAGAUUGCUGACACUGAGAGCAGCCAAAGCCAUUGACACAGUUGGCAGUGCCCAGGCUCGAAAAGAGAUUGCAAUGAUCAAAGUGGUGGCUCCUAGAAUGGCUUGUCAGGUGCUAGAUCGUGCAAUUCAAGUCUUUGGAGGAGCUGGAGUUUCUCAGGAUUUCCCUCUGGCUUUCAUGUAUGCAGCAGCUCGAACUCUCCGUAUUGCAGAUGGCCCCGAUGAAGUUCAUCUCUCAGCAAUAGCGAAAAUGGAGCUUAUGGAACAAGCAAAACUAUUUUCCAGAAUGUAGAUCUCUCAAAUUAGCCUUAUCCACCUGCCUUAAUCUUUUCAACAAAAUUACUGAGCCAUGCAAAGUAAUCAAACCUAGCUAAUAAUUUCUACUAUUUUAUGUGUAUGACAAUGAACUUGUUUGCUGAAAUACUCCUGGUUUUUUCAUACGGUCUAAUAUUUUUGUAGGAGGAUACUUAUAACCUUAUCAGCACAAUUACUUGGCAGCAAUGUGGCGUAUCUUCCAGUAUUUGUAUAACCACAUAAACUAUUUGCUUGUUUGGAAGCAAUAACAGAUUCCAUCAAGCUUAUUGAACUGGAAGAUAAACACAGAAAUACAUAGCAGCCAAUCAACAAUAUUUUUCCACUGAUGUAAGUAAGAUGUAAAAUAACGAUUAAUGAUAUUUUCUUACAUACUUGUUUAAGGGUUCAUAUACACAGACUAUUUUAGGCAUUUGGAAAAAAUGUCACUGGUGCUUGUGCUGGUAAAUGCUGAUGCAAAAGAAGCAUUGUCAUUUACAAGAGUACGGCCAUUCACUUAAAUGGCAGGCUGUAUGUGGCACAUACCUAUCCUCUGGUGCAGGAAAGUGCUGGGAGUUUUACACUAGAUAUGAAAAAAUGCCUAAAAUCAUCCAUGUGCAGGAACCCUAACUGUAAUUAAUCCUUACUUAUUGUUAUUUGAUUCAUAUUCACGUCAUUAAAUAAUCAAUGAAGCUUUGUCUAGCAAGCAAGUAAUUGUAAAUAAAUUUGACCUGCUAAGGUGUCAUGGACUACA